CUUCACCCUUCCUCUGCGGCGGCUCGUGGUCUCGGCUUCUCACUCAGGCCGAGAGAGACAAGGGGGGCAGGCGGAUGUGUGGCUUGAAUGCUUCAAGGAUGCCCUUUUUACUGAUCGUAUUCGCUCAUCACCCCUAAAAGUCGAGGCAGUACGUACAGAAGAACAAAAUGUUUCCAAAAGGCACAAAACGCAAGUUUUCUGACAAUGAAGAUAUUGUUGAGGAGAAUCCAGUUAGUAUUAAAGUCAUGUCUUCUUACAAUCUGCAACGACAAUCGCUAUUGGACAUGUCAUUGAUUAAGCUCCAGCUUUGUCAUAUGCUUGCAGAGCCUAACCUGUGCAGAUCUGUACUCAUUGCCAAUACAGUGAGACAGAUCCAGGAGGAGAUGACUCUGGAUGGUAGCUGGCCAGUCAUGACAGAAACCCUGAAUACAAACCAGAACCCUUCUGAUCGCCUGAUUGCAACAGAAAUUUUGUGUCGAACAUCAAAAGACUGCGAGGAAGAAAAGACAUUUUCUGUUGUUACUUAUGAUAACUUGCAUACUGAAGAGGUAUUAGAGGACUCUUUAUGUAUAACAUCAACUGAAGAAGUCCCAGUUUUUCUACCAAAUACUUUUGGUGCCUGGGAAAGAGAAGAUCUGAAGAAGAAUUCAGAUGAUUCCAAGCCAACAGAUCAAGUGUUUGGAGCUUUUGAACUGAAAAGUCCAGUAGCAACACCUGACCCAUCUAUUGACGAGCUCUUUUCAGACGUUGACACUUCGUAUUAUGACCUUGACACCAUGUUGACCGGAAUACAUGGCACUCCAAAAAUGGGGCCUUAUGACUUGUUAGACAGCUUGUCAUCAUCUCACAGCCCUUCAUCAGUUACUUCAAAUUUGAGUUGCAGGUCUGAUCUGAAUGAAUUAGAUCAUAUCAUGGAGAUCAUCGUUGGAUCUUAAACUGUAUAAUCAUUCCAAGACCUAAAUAGACCUUGAGAGUAUGCCAAAUAGCCUUUAACUAGUGUUCAUUAUUUUUUAUUUCUGUUUUGUUACACAAUCUGAAGGACCUUUUUUUCUGAAAGCAAUUCAGAAGUUACCCGUUUACUGUACUUUUUAUUUAUUGACAUUUAGUCCUAAAUGUCUUUACACUACAUGCUUUUGAAUAUACAAAACCAUUCUUAAGACUAAACAUAUUUUCCUACAGAAAUACAAUAUAUAUUUUAAACCCACUGCUGGAAUAUAUUAUAGUACUUUUAGAACUUUUUACCUAAAAAAAGAACAUAAAUUCAGUAUAAAUCUAUAUGAUGUCUUCCUUUUUGAAUGACUGAGAUAAUGAAUAUGUGCCUGAAAUGGAGAUCUGACCAACAAAUUUUGCAAACAGUAUACAGAAUUUACUAAAAUGUAAUAUGUAUAUUCAUGCUUAUGCAAAAAAUGCAUGGCUUAAGCCUCAGAAAAAUUAACAAGUAAGGAAUAUACUUGAAGGUUUCAUAUAAAAA